AGAAAUUAAUUGAGUUAUUUUGUCUCCGGGACACGUUAUAAUAGACGAGCAGGUUGAGCAAGGAAUGACUAGAAUAACCCUAACAGCACUUGCGUCCCCAUCCUCCCAGUCCCAGCCCUCUGCACCUCUCUCCUAGCCUCCUAUCGUUCUUUGCUCCGCUUGCCGGACAUCUCGGCCUUAAUCGACGACGAUCUUGGCUUCUGUUGAAGGCUCGAAGACUUGAAGCUUUUCUCUCUCGAAGGUUUAAGGCUCUUCUUUGCUCAACAGUCUCCGUGGUUGCAUUUUGGGGCAAUUGAAUGUGGGCUUCACUAAUUUGUAGACUGUAGACUGUCGUUGCGAAUGCUGGUUCCUAUCAAUGGGGAUACAAACUGCAAACAACUGCAAAAUCGCUGCAGAGCAGAGCAGUGUGUGAUAUGAUGUAUUUGCAGCUGAAGACAUCUGGGGAUUUAGGGUGAAUCUGUCAUUAUCAUCUUUGUUUCACGUGAGAUGUCACUGAGAAUAAAGGCAGUGGUGGAUAAGUUCGUGCAGGAGUUGAAGGAAGCUCUGGAUGCAGACAUACAGGACAGGAUCAUGAAGGAGAGAGAGAUGCAGAGUUACAUAGAGGAACGUGAGCGUGAAGUUGCUGAGCGCGAAGCUGCAUGGAAGGCUGAGCUUUCUCGUCGUGAGGCUGAGAUUGCCAGGCAAGAAGCCAGACUGAAGAUGGAAAAAGAAAACCUUGAGAAAGAGAAAAGCGUCUUAAUGGGAACUGCAUCAAAUCAAGACAACCAAGAUGGAGCACUGGAGAUUACUGUCAGCGGUGAGAAGUAUCGCUGCCUCAGGUUUGCAAAGGCAAAGAAGUGAGGUUCUAAGGGUAAGGAAAAGUGAAGGCGAAGUGGUUGAGGACCGUUAGUUCAUGGAAAAUAGAUUUUAUUUUUUAUUUUUAAAAAAACUAUUAAAAAGAGAGAGUUAAUUUUUUAUUUUUACAAUAUUUGUGAGGUAAAUGGACCACAAUAAAUAGCUUUGGUAUUAUUUGUUUGUGAAAAUAGUUUUAUUUUUAUUUUCAAUUUCUUUAAAUAAUUACAAAUUGUCACUUUGUUUUUAAAUUUUUUAAAUAUAUGUGGAAAAAUUAGAAAAUAUUUUUUUAUUA